CGCUAAAAAUAUUUUUCGUAAUACUGUUAGCACUGGUAGUCGAGCGCCGGCUGCCGAUCUAUACGACACAUUUGGUCGCAGACAUAAUUAUUUACGGAUUUCACUGACCGAGAGAUGUAAUCUCAGGUGUUUAUAUUGUAUGCCAGAGGAGGGCAUAGAGUUGACGGCCAACGACCAGCUGUUGACCACCGAUGAGAUCAAACAAAUUAGUGGUCUGUUUGUCAAAACUCUUGGUGUGACUAAAAUACGGCUGACUGGAGGCGAACCGCUUAUUCGUAAGGAUAUCAUCGAUAUUAUCAGACAUUUGUCUGAAUUAAGACCUUUUGGACUCAAAACAAUUGGUUUGACAACUAAUGGUAUAGUGUUGGAUAGGAUGUGCUCGGACUUAAAACUCGCAGGUCUGAACGCAAUAAACAUAAGUCUCGAUACAUUACGAGCGGAUAAAUACGAGUUAAUCACUCGACGGAAA